AUGGGUGGUUUUUCAGAUCUUGAUUUUCUAACAUUAGCAAUUGUGGUCGGUAUAGCAUUUCUAACUAGGACAUUCCUAACAAGCUCACCAAAAAAGAUGGUCUCUCAAGCAACAGUUUCAAGAGUUAAAGAAUUAAUUGGCCAAAAGAAGGUUUUUGUUGCCGCAAAAUCUUAUUGUCCAUAUUGCCAAGCUAGUUUGCAAACUUUAUUCACUGAUUAUCAUGUUCCAAAGGACAAAUCUUUGGUUUUGCAAUUAAACCAAAUGGAAGAUGGUGAUGACAUUCAAGCUGCUUUAGCUGAAAUUACUGGUCAAAGAACUGUGCCAAAUAUUUACAUUGAUGGUAAACAUAUUGGUGGUAACAGUGACUUGCAACAAUUGAAGUCUUCUGGUAAACUUGAUGAAUUGUUGAAAGCUGCUUUGGCUUAA